CCAGCAAGGAAUGGAUUUGAGCAAUUAGAAUUAGAACUUGUUGAAUGGCUUGGUGAAAAUAAUGGAGGGAGGAUUGGGAAAACAGCUGUUCAUAAUAUCAGUUAUCACUUUGUACAUGAAUCAAUUUGGUAUAUUGACAAAUUUUCAUCACUUAAUAAUACUUUGUCAUCUAAUUCUAAUAUGAAAGGGAGCUUCACCGGAUUGGAAGAUAGCUCAUUAACUUGUAAUAGUUCGAUGGAAAUUCCAUAUUAUUCAUCUAAUUUAUCUAAAAGUCUGUUUUUCUUGUGUUUAAAGGAACUACCUACCAAAUAUGCAGCAUGGGUUAACCAGUAUGGCUGGGCUGCUUAUGAUGCAAAUAUUGAAGAUUUGUAUAAUUUACGUGAUAUAAUCCAAGCUGGCAAUCUGGCACCAAAUGUCUUUUGUGCACCACCUAACUAUCAUGCAUUUGUUAGAAACGCUCAACUUGAACCUAUCGGCAUGGCAUGGGUUGUGUUUAGGAUUGGAGCAACUGAUAAUUGUUAUAACAAUGCUUUAUACACUUUAAAUCAAUUUGGUUGUGGCUGA